UUCACCCACAUCGACAACAUUACGUUCCAGUCCGUCGUCAGAGUGGGAGCGACGUGUAUAAGCUCUUUCACCAGUCCUGUGUUCUGUAGAGUGGCGUCAAUAAUUCGUCACGUGUAAAUCCACGUUCAACAGAGUGGCAUCAAUAAUUCGACACCAGUAAAUUCCAACGCAGAGAUUUGGAAAUGGCGUGUUACAACGACCCCGUGUCGGCCACGACCUACCAAAAGGACUAUCGCGUGGAUCAGCUCCUGCCGGCACUCCGGAUGACCACGCUGCCCAUGUUCCAGCCGGGGAGGGAGGUGUCCACGAACCAGUGGAGGCCUACCCUCAAGAAGGUGGCUGGACCACCGAGCUCAGUGCUGUUUGCAAGAUAUGUCCCAAAGAACAAGAAGACUGUUCUGCCGUCUGAUUCAGCUGUCCGACAGUGUCGCCUGGCCAGCGUUGAGUGCCCCAAGCCGCGCGUGCUGGCCACCAAGUUGGGCCAGAUGGACAUGCAGUUGGUGGAGAAGCUGGCCCACAAAUGGAGGUGGACGCCCACCUCCCUGAUGGCUACAGAGGAUGCACAUGUUCCCAUGCCACAAAUAGACACGCGCUCGAAGACGCUGGAAAAGCGCGCGGACAUGGUCAAAUUUGACGUCAAGCGUUACUAUGACCAGCCUCGGAUGUGGCAACAAGCGGAAAUGUUCGAUCGUUACCAGCUUCGACAGCCUGUGGAGAGAGUUGUCUACCCUUACAACAAAGCCGAUGACAAGAAGCUGCUGACCAAGAGGGGCAAGGUCGCCACCGACACAGGCAAAGCAGAGAAAAUGAGGAGGCUCGUGCGACAGGACCAACUUGCCUCUGUAUUUGUCCGUCAUUGUCCGGGCUAUGCCGGAUUUGUUCCUCGGGUGCCACCGGCAGAUCACUUGACUAAGCGAGUAGUCAAUCCCAGCAUGGUUAGCACAAUGAAGGCGACCAACAGGGAAGUUUCACGCGAAGAGUUGAUAAAGAGACAGUUUGCGAUCAUAGGUCAGUUCUCAAAAUCGGUGACCUUGACCUUUCCCUUCAACCCCUACAACAAGGUCGGGGCCGAUGAGUAGCAAUUCUGAGUGAGAUGACCACAGCCAAGGACAUCUUCGGGCUAAGUUCUGCAUUUGAACAGCUAUUAAUGCAUAUUUGUAUAUUUCUUGAAGGUUAUUAAAAUUAUUUCAAAAGCA